AUGAGGAAUGUGAUAUCAGGUCCAACUUCAGAUAACGUAAUAGAUAACGAAGAAAGCAGUUCAGAUGAUGACAUGGAUGCAAACAAGGAUAUAACUCUAAGAAAAGAUUUAAUUCCAAUACGUCGCUGGAUGCGUGAACAUUACACAAAGUUGACAAGGAACAGAGCAGAAUGCAAUCAUUGUAAUACAAAAUUUGGUAUACAUACAACACACUUAUAUAAGUUACAUAAGCACUUGAUAGAGACACAUCCAGACAAAUUAACAGAAGAAGAAAAGAAUGAAGUGAAAUUCCAUUGGGCUUGGGACUAUUAUAUCACAGGAAGCAAUAAAGACGCAACAUGUAAAUUAUGUAAAGUAACAGUUAGAUACCAGGAUGCAUCUCAAUUAAAACGGCAUUUAAAAAGACAUCAUGAGAUAUCAGGUCCAACUUCAGAUAACGUAAUAGAUAACGAAGAAAGCAGUUCAGAUGAUGACAUAGAUGCAAACAAGGAUAUAACUCUAAGAAAAGAUUUUAUCCCAAUACGUCGCUGGAUGCGUGAACAUUACACAAAGUUGACAAGGAACAGAGCAGGAUGCAAUCAUUGUAAUGCAAUAUUUCGUAUAUGUAUAACACACUUAAAUAUUUUACAUAAUCACUUGAUAGAGGCACAUCCAGACAAAUUAGCAGAAGAAGAGAAGAAUGAAGUAAAAUUCUAUUGGAUUUGGGACUAUUAUAUCACAGAAAGCAAUACAGAAGCAACAUGUAAAUUAUGUAAAGUAACAGUUAAAAGCCAGAAUAUAACAUCUUUAAAAUAUCAUUUCAGCAGAAAUCACGAAUUCGUACUGAGCGCUUCAAAUUCAAUGGACCAUAUUAAGGAGAGCCUUUCCGAUACAGAUUCGGCAGAAUAUGUAAAAUCAUCUAAUUCAGACGAUGAUUUAUCUUUCGAUGAAAUCUUUGACCUCCUUAGACAAGAAUAA